AUUCAAAUAUUAUAUAUAUACAACACACAGAGCAAGUCCAAAGUUUAUGAACAGAGUCAAGAAUACAGAAUUUUAUCACAGAAGAGCACAUCAGGAGUACAAUGCAAGAUUUAUCUUCUACGGUGUCGUUUAGCCCCAGCUUCAGUUUCUACGCUUCCGGUGACCUUGUUGAAGCCGCCGUUAGAGUUGUACGUGAGUCCGAGAGUUAUUAUUCCGUUAAAGUUGACGGCGAAAACGACAAAGAAUUCGAGUUCGAAACAUUACCGUUAGGUGACGAGAGCUUCUUCCAUUUCCCGACGACGACUUUUAAGCGCUCUUCCGACGACGACGACGUGGCAGACGAUCGAGUCACGUCGAAGAAUCUUUUCUACGAUGGCUGGAGUGUUGAUCCAUCUCCAUCUCCACCUUCUCCGUCACAAUCACAUUCAUCGUCGGAUUCUGACGAUUCGGAGAAUCUUUCCCCGAGCUGUUUCUGGAGUCCGAUCAGAUCUCCGGCGAGAGGCGAUAGCUUGAAGGUUAAGAGUAAAUCUUCUAGCGAACCGAGACGGUGUCGUAUAAAAGAUUUUCUGAGGAGAAGCCAUAGCGACGGAGCCGUUUCGACCGCGAGCACAUCCAAGCGGUGCAGUUUCAAGGAUCUUCUGAGGAGAAGCCACAGCGACGGAGGCGGCGAGGGGUCUUCGGUUUCGACGAGAGAAAACGGCUCGCCGGUAGGGAAAGGGAGGAAUAAAGCGGCGUCGUAUAAGCCUGAAGUGGAUAAGAGAAGAAAGUCUUACUUACCUUACAGGCAAGAUUUGAUCGGCGUUUUCGCCGGGAUGAGCAGAUUCCGUCAUUAACGAAAAUUUUAUUAUUUGAAGUUUGUAUAUUCACAAAGAGGUCCUUGUUUUGCCUAUCGAUUUUCUUUUUUGACCAUGUAAAACUUUUUGGUGCUAUUAAAUUCCAAAUAUAAUUGUGCUUUUGAC